GGGAGCGAGGCUGCUGUAAUGUGAUUCCCGCGCCUGCCAAGGCGAAGAAGCAGAGAAAGGAGCGCCUCUCGCAGCUGAGCUGAAUGCUUUGAUAGAUAAUAGCAGACAUGCUUUGUGGGCUGAAAAAGGAUUUGCAGUCAGAUUUCGAUGAUGGCCCUUAUUCAAAAGGGAGCAAAGACUCAGGAGGACUGGACACAGCGUUAGUUUCAAGAAGGCAGAGUAUUCCAGAGGAAUUCAGAGGAGUCACAAUUGUGGAGCUGAUCAAAAAGGAAGGAAGCACCCUUGGGUUAACUAUAUCUGGUGGCACAGAUAAAGAUGGGAAGCCAAGAGUCUCCAAUCUGAGACCAGGAGGGCUGGCAGCAAGGAGUGAUCAGCUAAACGUUGGUGACUAUAUCAAGUCAGUGAAUGGGAUUAACUUGACCAAACUGCGACAUGAUGAAAUCAUAAGCCUGUUGAAGAAUGUGGGAGAAAGAGUGGUACUGGAGGUAGAAUAUGAGCUCCCCCCAGCUGCUCCAGAGACCAGUGCUGGCAUUAUUCCAAAGACCAUUGAAGUGACCCUGUACAAAGAAGGCAACAGUUUUGGAUUUGUGCUCCGAGGAGGAGCCCAUGAAGACUGGCACAAAUCCAGGCCAUUAGUAUUGACCUAUGUUAGGCCAGGUGGCCCGGCAGACAGGGAAGGGUCUCUGAAAGUUGGGGACAGGCUGUUAAGCGUUGAUGGAAUCCCCCUCCAUGGUGUCAGUCAUGCUGAUGCACUGAACAUCCUACGUCAGUGCAACCAGGAGGCCCUCUUCCAGAUUGAGUAUGAUGUCACCAUCAUGGACACAGUAGCCAAUGCUUCGGGCCCUUUGCUGGUGGAAAUAGCCAAGACUCCAGGUUCUGCACUAGGAAUCACACUGGCAACCAGCACGCAUCGGAAUAAGCAGGUCAUAGUUAUUGACAAGAUCAAGCCAGCCAGUGUAGUGGACAGAUGCGGGGCUUUGCAUGUUGGCGAUCACAUACUUUCCAUUGAUGGCACCAGCACAGAACACUGUUCAUUGUUAGAGGCGACCCAGCUUUUAGCAGCAACAUCAGAAAAUGUAAAAUUGGAGAUACUACCUGCUCACCAGAGCAGACUCCCCCUCAAGCCUCCAGACACAGUCAAAGUGCAAAAGAGUGACCACCACCAUUGUUGGGAUCCUUGUGUCAGCUACUGCCACACUCAUCAUCCAGGGCAUUGCAAGACACCCACCUGGAACCAGACUUCUAGCCAAGAUUAUUGCAAAUCCCUUGUAGCUGCCAAUUUUUCAUCUCCCACGAUGAACACAUCAGGGUUUGCCUGCCAGAAUUCCAAUACUCUACCUCGGAGCAACCACACCAUGAGCCCACGGGCCACCAUGCUGAGAAGAAGGCAGAGGAAGAAGGAGCACAAAAGUUCACUCUCACUGGCGUCCAGUACGGUGGGUCCAGGUGGGCAGAUUGUUCAUACAGAAACAACAGAGGUGAUUCUAAGAGGAGAUCCCUUGAAUGGCUUUGGACUGCAGCUUCAGGGGGGGAUCUUUGCUACGGAAACACUCUCUUCUCCCCCCCUCAUCCGAUUUAUUGAACCUGACAGCCCAGCAGAAAGGUGUGGCCUUCUACAAGUUGGAGACAGAGUACUUUCCAUCAACAGUAUUGCAACAGAAGAUGGGACGAUGGAAGAAGCCAACCAGCUCUUGCGGGAUGCAGCACUUACUAACAAGGUUGUGCUAGAGAUUGAAUUUGACGUGGCAGAAUCUGUCAUUCCUAGCAGUGGUACCUUUCACGUGAAGCUGCCCAAGAAACGAGGUGUGGAGCUUGGAAUCACCAUCAGCUCAAGUAGAAAACCUGGGGAGGCUUUAAUCAUCUCCGAUAUCAAGAAGGGGAGUGUGGCACACAGAACUGGCACCUUAGAGCCUGGGGACAAGCUGUUAGCCAUAGACAAUAUCCGUCUCGACAACUGCUCAAUGGAGGAUGCGGUACAGAUUUUAAAGCAGUGUGAAGAGCUGGUCAAACUGAAGAUCAGGAAGGAUGAGGACAAUUCUGAUGAACAAGAAACUACCGGUGCCAUCAUCUACACAGUGGAACUGAAGAGAUACGGCGGGCCCUUGGGGAUAACCAUUUCAGGGACAGAGGAACCUUUUGAUCCAAUCGUCAUCUCAGGCCUGACAAAACGAGGGCUGGCAGAAAGAACUGGAGCCAUACAUGUAGGAGACCGGAUAUUAGCUAUUAAUAACGUAAGCCUUAAGGGGAAGCCACUGAGCGAAGCCAUUCAUCUUCUCCAAAUGGCUGGAGAGACUGUAACGUUAAAAAUCAAGAAACAAACUGAAAGAAUUUACCCAAAAAAGUCUGCAAGUAUGAAUGAAGUAAGUGACCCAGAAGAUGACCUGACAGACUCUCAGAAAACCAGCAAACUCUCUGAGAUUUAUUCCACCACAAUCCCCAGUGUGGACAGUGCAAUGGAUUCCUGGGAUGGUUCUGGCAUUGAUGCAGGUUAUGGAAGCCAGGGUACUUACAUACCUCAGGCUGUUGGUAUUGCUCUUCAUCCACAUGAGUGGAGAUCCAGCAGACAGAAGAGCAGCACCCCUCCUGGGGAUCCCAGGAAGAGUUACCCAUUUAUGGAUGGCACUUUCAGUGAGGAGGACUGGGAGAAGCCCAGCAGAUAUCCCAACCGCCAAAAUGGCCUUGAGACUGCACACGAGGAUAAUUUUUGGCGUGUUUUUGGAGAAGCUUUGGAAGACUUGGAAACAUGUGGCCAGUCUGAACUUUUGAGGGAGAUUGAGGCAUCCAUCAUGACUGGGAGUGUACAUAAUCUGGGUCUUGAUGGGGGCAAGUUGCUCAUGAACUCUGUUAACCAGCCAGGAUUGAGCCCAUCAAGGAAAGGGAACUCCAAGAGCUCAGGUGAAGGGCAGGGCCACAGCAAUGUCACUCCCACCAAGAAAAAUGAGAGGAAUAUGGAAAUCAAGAUGAUGAAGGAAGAGAUUCAGGAAAUCAUGUCUCCCACUCCUCUUGAACUGCACAAGAUGACUCUCUACAAGGAUCCAGAGACUGAAGACUUUGGAUUCAGUGUCUCAGAUGGCUUGCUAGAAAAAGGUGUCUAUGUUAACAUGAUCCGUCCAGAAGGGCCAGCUGACCAGUGUGGCCUCAAGCCUUACGACAGAGUCCUUCAGGUCAAUCGCAUCCGAACGAGAGACUUUGAUUGCUGUUUGGCUGUUCCUCUGAUAUCCGAGGCAGGAGACAAACUGGACCUAGUAAUCAGCCGAAACCCCCUAGCCUUUGCUGCCAAUGCCCGGUUAGAUGACCAUGGAAAUCUGUCUGGCCAGUCAUCUGUUGGCGUGGAGGUCAAGGCCAACAUGCAGACACUCUGAAUGGAGGCCUUGUUGUUGUCAGCUGUCCUUGAGGCUCUGCAAAAGAGCUUCUGGAUGUCUCUCGUGGGUGUUUCCCCCCCAGUUUUCUGUUUUUCUUUUGCACUAGUGUUUGUGGUUACUCUUUGUAGCGUAACUUGCCAUGAUGAAGUGGGUCUCCAGUUAGCCAUGUCUUGAAGCCUAUCAGGCCUGGCCUUGAUGUUCCAAUGAAGAACUUUGCCUUUGGCUGAUGCAAAUGAUGGAAUGUGUUGUUGGCCGCAGAAAGCAGCAUCCAGUGCAUCUCACCUGUCAGGAGAACAUCUUUCUCCAGUCCAUCACUCAUGGUCUGCCUGAGCUUCUCCAGUGCAUGGGCUAAUAGGGAAUGGGCCAUCUCUUUGCCCCAAUCUGAAGGGCUUAGACACAUGGUGCUAUUUUUGUUGUUGUCGUUUGCUUUGUUGAAUCAUGUACAGUAGAAUUUUUAAAGAACCCCCUUGUUUCUGUGAAAGACCCCCCCCCGCACUAUCCUAUGGCCUUUUCUUAAACAAUUGCAAGAACCUUGAAUCCCUUCUCCAAAUUCACUCUUUCACCAUCACUUUCUCACUGUGCCACAUUGAAUUUCCCUUAAAACCAAGAGCAAAUCUCACUUGUUAGGGUUUUUGUUGUUGUUGUUGUUAAUAAACAUGAGCCCAUUGUCAGAGUUCAGACAGUUAGAAAUCUCUCCCUCCACCACACGCACUUGCUUGUUGGGACACAACUGAAGCACCUUCCCCACUGUUUGACUAAGGAAACAGUUUAUUUACUGCAUCUUUUAAGAAGGCACUUAAUGUAGAACACAACAUAUAGGUGGAUAGCGUUCCUGAACCGCCAGGUCUUCUUGGGCACACACCGGGUACCAGUGAGCUGUUUCCUCAGUGUGCCCCUAAUCCAUUCUUUAUGAUCGGGCAUAAGUAAGCCUUGUAUCCCCUUGUCCCUGUUGGCAUGAGAGACAUCCUGUGCUAGAUUGAUAUUGUGUCCCCCCCAGUGCGCCCUCUGUGGGUCAUCUUAGUGGAAGUACAAGUUUUUAUCACAUGAUGAUGAGGUCUGACGCUGUUGUGGCCACUUCUAGCAGCAGCCCUAAGUUUUCAAUUGUUACCUUCUCUGUGGCCUGUCAGCACGAUGCCUUUGUGACCCUGUGCCCCACACCCUGCAUCUUCCUCCUCCAGCCAUAUCCCUGUGUAGUGAUAAAUGGGUGUGAUACUCACAUGCGGUUGAAUGAUCUGCCUGCAUCAAAAGGGUUCAAAUGCAACCAAGGACGUGAUCCCUUCCUUUUAUGUCUUGCAUCACGGCAGAACAUUGCCGGGUCUUGCAAGUCUUUUUUUGGCCAGUACAAUGGCCUGUGCCAGGGUUUUUGGAGUAGCACUUUAUUGUAGUGAUAUCUGAUG